AUGGGGCUUCUAAGUGCCAAAAAGGUUGUAUCAUACCGAGCUGUGAGAGAAGAAGAGGUUGACUUGGCAAUUAAUCUCAUACGUACUUCUUCGGCUUCUGCGGUUCCUAUUAAUCUAAGCGAGACCCUGCUUUGUCUUAUAAACAACGUAGUUUGUCGAGUUGCUUUUGGGUUGAAGUACGAAGCUGAAGACGAAGAGGAUGGCAAGAAUAAGAUUUACACGGUGUUUCAAGAGACGGUAAACCUUUUUGCUGGAUUCAAUAUUGCAGACUUGUUCCCGUGGAUGAGUUGGAUUCAUAAGUUCGAUGGAUUAGAUGCGAAAUUAGACAAGAACUUCCGGCAUAUGGACGAAUUCUAUGAUAAAGUGAUCGAUGAACAUAUUAACAGUAGUAAAUCAUCGAAAACUGGCGUUGAGGACUUGGUCGACGUCCUACUACGACUUCAAGCAGAUUCUAGCCUCACUAGAGAUAAUAUUAAAGGAAUUCUCAUGGACACGUUUGUUGCUGGAACUGAUACUUCUACUGCCAUAUUGGUUUGGACCAUGACAGAGCUAAUCAGGAACCCAGCAAUUAUGAAGAGAGCGCAAGAAGAGGUUAGAUCCGAAAUUGGGAUUAAGGAUAUGGUAGAAGAAAGUGACCUUCACAAACUAAGUUACGUGAAAUUAGUGAUUAAAGAAGCAUUUAGGCUGCAUCCUCCUGCACAAUUAUUAGUUCCAAGAGAAACCAGAGAGAACUGCACAAUCAACGGAUACGACAUUCCAACCAGAACAUGUGUUCUCAUCAAUGCGAAAGCAAUUUCGACAGAUCCAAAAUAUUGGGAAAACACAGAAGAAUUUCGUCCCGAAAGAUUCCUAGACAAUAAUGUUGAUUAUAGGGGUCAAGAAUUUGAGUUGAUACCAUUUGGGGGUGGAAGAAGGGGCUGCCCCGGUAUCAUUUUUUCGGUGGUGCUUGUUGAACUAGUCCUUGCAAAUUUAUUGCACUGUUUUGACUGGAAAUUGCCUUUGGAGAUGAAAAUAGAGGAUGUUGAUAUGAGUGAAGCUUUUGGACUGGCAAUGCAUAAGAAGAUUCCUCUUUGUCUUUUAGAUGAUUAUCGUAUAUGUUGA